GUUCGGCGACAAACGUUUUCUGGGUGACGUUCGAGUGUGUGUGCUUGGUGUCGGCCAUAUUGGAACACAGGUUGGAAGACGCUGCAAACAGUUUGGUAUGACGGUGAUUGGCGUAACUAAGCAAGUUAGAACAGAAGAAAGAAUGCAACAUGAUGCUGUUGACCAAUAUGUGACCAUAGAAAGCUUAGAUGAGGUGUUGGCGACUGUCGACUAUAUUUGCUGUUGUCUACCAGGCACCCCAGAUACUGCCAAUAUGUUGUCAGGGGAUAUUCUCAAAGCGUGCUGUCAAAAGAAACCGGUUUUAAUAAACACUGGACGUGGAGACCUCAUAGAUGAAAUAACGUUGGUGACUGCGAUCAGGGAGGGUUGGCUUGGGGGAGCGGUCCUAGAUGUGAACCCUGCAGAACCCCUUCCACCGGACAGUCCUCUUUGGACUCUACAAAAUGUGCUGAUAACACCACACAUAUCCGGAUACACGAGAGAUCCAAGGCAUAUUCAACGGUAUGUGGAUGUGUUUGUGGAGAACUACAGGAGAUAUUGUGAUGGGCAACCGCUGAUGUACGAGGUUGACUUUGAGAAGGGCUACUGACCAUUUUAAAGCAGUGAAAUCGAAGUGUCCUAUAAACUUGAGUAUUGUUUAUACUGCCUUGUGGCACUGUGUGUCUCUUGUUUAUGGCCUGUUGGGCCUUGGACCAAGCGCUUUUAAACAGAAGUUAUGUUCGUAGUUUUCAAUGUUUUAUUAAAU